UGCUAUUUACUAAACUGUUUUAGUUUACUUAAUAAUAACCGUGGUUAAGACGCGUAAGCCAAUGCUCUGAGCCUGAACAAAAACUGAACUCAAUGGAGUCACCAAAGAUUGUCUACAAAUAUUACUCCAACCCGGCGUUCUGCGCAAGUGAAUAUGCCCAGAAAUGCACAAGAAUUGUGUCACCGGAACGCAAGCGGGUCCCACCACUUGGCACAAACACACCACGCUCGGACAAACGUAUACUACGAACAGAUAUAUCCGAUAAUCCUCUACGUAUAUCAAGACUCAAAGACAUGCCUCCUGAACUGCCCCCGAAACCCGCCAGGUUCCACCGUCAAGCUUCCUUGAUGUGUAAGCCGACGCGUGCGAUCGUACAUUGCAGAUCACGUAGCGAGGAUUUAGAGAUGGCCCAACUGAAGCAGCAACAAGAGCUCUCGUUACGCUAUGACAGCUAUGACACAGACUAUUCACCAACCAAAAAACGCAUCAUCGAGGCUGAUGAAAGCGAGAUCGAGGAGUACAACGUGGAUGCACCAGAUCUGAACGAACUGAAGGCGAUACCAAGCGAAAUAGUUAAGACUGUGAAUGGGAAAACUUUAAGGUACGCGAUCGUCCCUGAUGAAGACAUAGCUUCGAAGAUUGCGACCCAGAAGCUCCACGAACUCUUAUCAACCCCAAGGAAGCUGAAGAGCUACGGCAGUCAACCAUCAGUGCGUAGUCCAAAACAGAGGACCCCCAUUAAACUGGUAUCAAGUACGCCGACGAAUAUGACACCGUCGAAAUCUUGCGCCAAUUUGAGUACCACAUCACCAAUUUCCCCUAAAGCCCAACAGAAGCUGAAUUAUGGCCUGCCGGAGUUUGAUAGACAUGAUGUGUUUGUUAGAGAGAAGAGAGACAGGACUACGGCUGUUAUUAUGCCACGGGUAGCUGAAGCCCCAUCUACAUACUCCGAAGACACAUAUAAGUCUUUGAGUUUUAAACAAAAUGGCGCUGCUGCUUCUCUAACCAUUGCUGCAUUAAUGUUGACGCUCUGCGGCGGUUUGACAACAGGACUUAGUUUCUACAUGAUGUAUUCUUUGGGACGCCGUUACUACCUGGACUUUGGCGUUCUUUCCGGUUUCACCUGCUUCCUGCUUGGUUUAUUAGGCCUUAGAUCAAGACGUAACCAACUUUUGCCAAAUAGGAAUUAUAUUUCCGGUUACAUCGUGUUAUCGUCGUUCUCGCUCCUCAGCGCUUUUGGUCUACUACUCCUCCUCUGCAUCCAGCCGAAGUCUGGAACAGCUCUGAACGACAUCACCUCUGGUGCUGUGUGCAGCAUCAGUGUUCUAUCUUUGGGCCUGUCUACUAUUGGUAUACUGGCUUCGUACUGCUGUGCGAGGGACCCACCAGAUAAUAGAGUUGGGGUAGGGACAGCAAGAUGGUAUUAGACACGAGACAAUUUUGAAAUCAGUCCAUCCCUAUAUGAUUUUUUUAUAGACUUAAAAGAACUAGAGAAAAUGUUCUGUAUUUAUUGAUUUAAGAUAUUUAUUGGAAUAGAUAAUUAUCUAUUACUUCAUCGUCGAUAUAGCAUCAACCACAAAGAUAGUUUUAGUUUAGAUUGUAAAACCAAAUAAUUAUAAAAGUUAAUGCGACAGUUUAAAAGCAAAUAGUGGUAAUGAUAUAUCUAUCUAGUAAUAUUUACGCGAAAAGAGUGGUACGUUACUUAUUACGUUCUAGACAUUCGUCAAAAUUACCGUGGUAAUCUGCGGUUGUAUCGUCCGUAAUUAUAUUUAAUCAGUGAAACAAUUGUAUACGCUUUUUCUCUUCAGUGUAAUGAGUUUAGUACUUUUUUUUAACUAUUAAACUUAAUACAUUACAUCGACGAAAAGGAAAAAAUAUUUAUAAAUUACUAUGGAAGUAAUGUUCUUAUUAGUACACUUAGCUCUGGGGGCAGGGUAUUGAAACAAACGCGUUGUCAAUUGUCAGGCGGUAGAGUAUAGAGUGUAUCACUGGCGAUUAUUUUGGUUCUUCUGGGUUUUUAUUUCCAGUUGGAUGAGUGUAAAUGUGGUAAUGGGUUGUUAAGAUAAUCGUAUUUAAAGUUGUCAAUCAAAGACUAGCUUCUGUUGUUUUUGGUAAAGGAAACUUUUUAACUUAUAUGUGGAGCUAAAGGUAUUCAAUUUGGCGCGAAAUUAUUAAAACCGCUAUCUAGGGGACAAUUAAGUAACGCCUGAACCCAAUAAUUAAUCCACUAUCUCAGAUUGAAAACAAACUGAGAUCAGACCGUGACUGUCGAUCGAUCUGCUACCUGCAUCCCAAUAACCAAACCCUACGAAGACAAUCCAUUUUUGGCGACGGAUGAAAUGCUCUUUGUCGUUCCAUUUUACCGAGUUUUCACUCAUAUUUGAUCAAUGUAAGCCAAAUAAAGUGAAUAAUCAGUUAAUUAUUUUAAAAUUUGUUAAAAUAAUUAACUGUUGAAAUCGACCUUUCGUCAACUGUCAUUUUCAUACAAAGGUCUAUCCACAGUCAUCGAUCCG